AUCUCGCAAAUUUGCACACACAUUACCGACUUAUCGAACGGCAUUAUUCUUUUUGAAGCACUCGCUGAUAUUGAUCCGAAAUGGUUCAAGCUCAUUCGCUCGGCGGAUGUGGGCGAUAACUGGGUGUUGAAAAUUAAUAACCUGAAAAAGCUGUACAAGCUCGUUUCACGCUAUUACGAAGAAGUACUGGGACAAGAUUUUGCCAACAUGCCAGCCGUCAAUUUGAAUAUUAUUGCAAAGGACGCCGAUAUCCGAGAGACGAAUAAGCUGUGUCAAUUGGUAUUAUUCAUCGCUGUACAGUGCCAUAACAACCAAAUCUAUAUCGGCCGCAUCCAAAGCUUAUCACAACGAAGUCAACAAGCCUUGAUGGUUAUCAUUGACGAGGUGCGACAAAAAAAAGGACCCCUCUCCCCAAUCAAUGCACACAUUUAUGAACAUCGAAUGGCGGAUGAUGCGCAGGUCCAUCAUGAUAUUUCCAAGGCCGUGUACGAUAAAGAAGAAUUGGAGGCGUCACAUAAACAACUGAUCGAAGAACAUGCCCAACUGCGCUUUCGAUAUGAUGAACUCGAGUCCGAAAAAGAGGAUUUGCAGCUACGAUUACGCGAAAUGGAUACCGCCGUGGCCCAAGCCAACGAAACAGGUCGAGCAGACUUUAUCAUGAAGACCGAAAUUGAACACUUGAAACAAGAUUUGCAACGAAGUGAAGAUCGACGCCAAGAAGCGGAAAUGCUUCUCGAUACCCAAUCCAACACGAUCGAAGAGUUGACAAGAAAAGUAAAUGACCUGAAUGCAGCCAACCGUGGGAUUAUUCCUGUCUUGGAGGAAACCAAUCACUCGUUGAUGGAUCGCAACCAGCAAAUUGAAGAUGAAUAUCGCAAAGUAUUGGCGUUCAAGACAUUAAUGGAUUCGUACAAGGAUCAGGUGGCCAUGCUUGAGACGAAAAAUAACGAGCUGAUUCGAGAAAAGAACAAGAUGGAAUACGAGAUCAGUCAGCUUUCGAAAAAGAUCGAAUCAUUGGAGGUGGAUAAGACCCGAGAUAUGGAUCGUAUCCAAUUGCUGGAAGAUCAUUUGCAAGAAGCUCAAUUGGGCGUUAAUUCGGCGGAACGAUCGAUCAUGCAACCCACGGAGCUGGGAGACGAUGACAUGGAUCUAGACGAAGAUGAUCUGAGAGGAUCAUUAGAAGACUCGCUCAAGGAGUCGAAUGUGACAGAGUUGAAGCUUUCCAAACGGCGUCUUGAACGUCAAUUGAAAGCAUUGCAGGAGGAAAACGCAGCCGAUCGAAAUCAUAAAGCUGUGGUGUUGCAGCAUCUUUUGGACGAUGCCAAUCGUCUGAAGAAUCAGUUUGAGAAGAACUACUUGCAAGUCUCUCAAGAACGCGACAUCUUGCAAAGCGAUAUGGCUCGUAUUCGCGAAGGCAUUCCCGAUGGUCUAUUGGAUCAGUCACCUCACACUUUACCCUUACGAUUGCACAUCAAUGACCUUGAAAAGGAAUUGAAGUCGUUGCGAGAAGAAAUCGAGACGCUACGCACCAAGAUGGCGGAAAACCGAUUCAGUUUUGGAGAAGGCGCCGCCGACGAUCUCAAGAUGCAAUUCAAAGCCAUGGAAGAAAAGUCGCGCAAUCUCGAAGAGCAAACGAAAAAGCAAUUGCAAGAUAUCAAUCGCUUGUUGCUUGAAAAGGACAUGUUGCAAAGUCAGAGCAUUGAGACCAAAGAUUUACUGCUAGAGAAAGAGCGAUUGAACAGUGAAAUGAAGGCAUCCCUUGCGGCAUUUGAAGCCAAAGAUGAUGAACCACUUAAACAGCAAAAUGCGCAUCUCCAGCAGCAAGCGAUUCAACAACAAGAACAAAUUCGUGAAUUGCAAGUCAAGCUGAAAAAGGCAAAAGAGUUUAUCAAGCAGCAAGAUAAAAUGCUCAAAGAAACCAAGAUGGGUGACGAUGCCGGUAAUUACGACGAGGCGGUGGCUUCCCUCAAAGCGGAAUUAUUACUGCGCGACGAAGAAAAUGAGAAAUUAAAGAAACAACUCCAUGAGCAUCGUUUACAGACACGACGUGAGCAGCAGUUGAUUAUUUCUGCAUGGUACGAUGUAGCUCGUCGAACCCACAAAGAGCUUGCCCAUUCCAAAGUCUAUCCCAACUCAUGGCUUGGACAACAACGACGUACAUUAGAUAAUCAAUUAAAGCGACGUUAG